AUGGGGUGCUUCUUGUUUCUGAAAAUGAUGAUGUUUAUCUUUAAUGGCAUCAUAUUUCAUGAAGAACCGGCACAGAAGGUGGAUGUUCCUCUGAAUUGCUGUGGAUUUAACAACUACACUGAUUUCAAUGGCUCUAGAUACCAGGAGGAAAAGGAAAUGCCUGAGUAGCCAAUAUCUUGCAGCUCUGGGAAUGCUCCUUGCCAAGGCAAUCAGAUUGAUCUCACAAAGAUGGGGUGUCUCCACGAAUUUCAGAAGUUUCUGAGCCACAAUGGAAAGAUUGCUGGAGGGGUGGCUUUAGUAAUUUGUGUGCUUGAGUUGGCAACAAUGGCUGUUUCCAUGGUCCUAUAUUGCCAAAUUGGCACUUUUUAUGCCUGA